GCAGUGCUACUCGCUAUGCGCCUUGAUUGGUGGGGCCCCGCUACAGCUGGUUUCUGGCUGGCUACAGCUGGGGAACCCCCAGUCCGACCUGAAGCCGUGCCGGGAUGGAUUUCCGGGAUUCAGUCCGGGUGCGGGGACGAUGUCGGAGGCGGCGGUGGAGGAGGGGCGAUGCUCGGCGGGGCUGAGGCCUGGGCCUGGGCCGGGGCCUGGGCCUGGGCCUAUCCUGGGUCUGCGGUGGGAGCUGGAUGCGCUCGUGCUGGAGCUUCUGGACACUCUGGAGGCGCUUCGGGAGCGGCGGGAGGCGCUGAGCGGCCGCGUGGAGCAGGGCUGGUUCUCGCUGUCCAAGGCGCGGUUCUCCAUGGGCUGCAAGUCGGUGUCGGCCCUGCAGUACGGAGCCCAGAUGGAGCCGCACGUUCGCGUGUGUGUCAGCGAGGGGCCAGAUGGGCACCUCAACUUCCAGAUCGUUCGUGAUGAUUUGGGUGCCCCCAAAGUGGCUGCGGAGCCACGGCAUGUGGAGGAGAUUGGACCCCAGGAUCAGGAGGAGGUGACAGGGCUGCGGCACCGAGGGAGGCGACCAGCGGGGGAGGCUGAGGUCCUCCAAAGGCCGGGGCCAGUGAAGGGGCCUGGAGGCCGUGACCCCCUCACCUGGUUCGGGAUCCUGGUGCCUCAGAGCUUGCGGCAGGCACAGCGCAGCUUCCAGGAGGGCUUCGUGCUGUUCGUGGUGCUGGGUCUGGGCUGGCUGGGGGGGGUCCCGGGUGCAGCCCCGCUACCUGAGCGCCUGGCCCUGACUGCCUUCUUCGUGGGUGCCCUGCUCUGUCUCGCCUUCUCUUGCCUCUUCCACAUACUGCACUGCCACUCUGAGCGCCUGGCCCGGGCCUUCUCCAGGCUGGACUACUGGGGCAUCACACUGCUGACAGUGGGCAGCCUAGUACCGUGGCUGCACUACGCCUUUGAGUGUGCCCCGUGCCCUCGUCGCCUCUAUCAGGGGCUGGUCUGUGCUCUGGGCCUGGCUGCUGCCCGCACCGCCCAUGGGCCCUGCUUCUCCACACCGCCAUACCGCGCAGUGCGCACUGGUGUGUUCGCGGCGCUGGGGCUGAGCGCGCUGGCGCCGGCCCUGCACUUGGCAGCGGAGGGGGGCGCAGCGCGGCUGGGCGGGCUGGUGGCGCCGGCGCUGCUCUACGCAUUGGGGGCGGCACUGUACGCGGCCCGCGUGCCCGAGCGCUUCUGCCCCGGCCGCUGCGACAUUUGGUUCCACUCGCACCAGCUGUUCCACGUGCUCGUCGUGGCUGCCGCCGUGGCGCAUCUGCAAGGCUUGUUCCACUUGCGCGGUCUCAGCGCCACGCCGGGGGGCACCUGCGCGCCGGACCCCGCCCGCUGAUCACCCUCCCAGCCCCGCCUACCAGUGGUGGCGCGUAGGCCGCCACCGGGAGCCAGUAGUCCUGCGGGGGGGUGGGGCCUCUCUUAAAGGGGGCGCCCCUCCCUGUGAUUACGGAUUUACGGGGGUGUGAUGUUGUUUAAAAGCUUUCUCGUUGAACCUCGCUGUCUAAGGUUCAUUUUACACCACCCGACACCGAGUGACUGACCCUUCAAGAGGCCGGUUUCCUGACCCACCCACCAAUUCUUGGGGUCCUGGUCCUUUAAGACCCGGUUUGAAAUGACCCCCCCCUCCCCCCCCCAAGGACCUGAAGGAAGUGAGGGGGGUCCUGUUUUGGAAAGCUUACCUCCAACCCGGUCAUUGUCUUUGGAGGACCUGGCCAGAGUGCAUUUGUCUGUAGAAAGGACGUGCCCCCUUUAAGAGCCCAGUGUGAGGAGUUUAGAUCCUCCUGUUAACUCCAGGAUGCCUGUUUUCUUUUCCAGCUCCGAAAGAGCUCGGAGCCUGGACUCCUGGGUUCUCUGGAGGGGGUGGUGGUUGAGGGCUGAGAGCGGGGGCAGGGAGCCUAGACUCCCCCCUGCCCCCCGCCCGUUUUAAUGGCUGUUGUAUUUUUCCAUUGCUUACUGUAAUAAACGGGAAGCCAAAAGCUUCUGGUCUGUC